UUAACUCAUAUUCGCUUACCGUUAUUGUAGCAGCCUGUGUUUAUAGCGCCAGCUGUAGCUCGCGAAUGGUGCGCCGCCCUAUCCGUCGGAUAUGUCCCGACACAGUCCUACUUUUCAGCCCUGCCCACGAGAUAGAAACGCACUAUGAUAGAAUGACAAUGACAAUCGACAGCACCUCUUUCGCCAUUCUAGAUCUAAUCCACGUGCUAUGUGCUACGGCACACACACACCAGCAUGCUCCAAACCUCCAAGCAGAGCAAUCCCAUCCGCACUAGCCUUUAUCCCGUCCCAACCUCAACCUCACGAUACCCUCCUACCACUCCUCGCCGAACUUGCCCCUCCACCUCCACCCCCACCUCCACCGUGCCAUCAUACCAAGCCCCGCAUCUCCCCUACAACUCCCCCACCUCAACUCUCCUCAUCCACAUCAUCCUUCGGCCACAGCGCGUCCUUCCACACCAGCGCGCCAUCUCCUCUAGACAGGAAGACCCCGGACCACAUCGCGCGUCAGCGUCGUCCCAGGAUAAGCGUCCUGCAUCGCUGAGAGCACUGCGUUGGCGCAGUCGAUGGGCGUCUGGUCGUCGUCGGGGGGGGCGGAGUAGGCGUGGAGGAUGCGGCCUUCCUACGAGAGGGAGGGGGUGGGUGUUAGGUCGUGGGCGGCGGAGUGGAGGAUGUAUAUGGAGUGGGGGGUGGGGGUGGCAUGGUUGGUGGUGGGGAAGUCAAGGGGUGCUGGGAAUUGGAGUGGGAGUGGGAGUAGGUAAGUUAAGGGGUGGCUGGGCAUGUGGUAUAUGUAGGGAAGAAGGAGGGGCGUUUGUUUGUGGACGUAGAAGCGAGAGGGUUUGUGUCGGGCUUGGACAGCGUUCGGGGAGGUGGGUGGUGGGUGGUAGGUGGUAGAAUCUUCCGUGGAGAGUUGCGAGUGCCAACACCGCUUCGAAGGAGCCCGGGACAGGAGGCGAGCGAU